CCCGCCCACUGCUGCUGUCAUGUGAAAACCACGAUUUGCAAUCUAUGAUCAGCGUGGAGCUUUGAAUGACGCUUGGAGGAGCUGCAUUGCCGAGGUAAAGACUGCUCAGGAUGGCUGUCACGCAGUUUCGGCUAUUUAAGAUUUGCACUUGCCUGGCGUCCAUUCUAUCCUUCUUCAAGAGGUUGAUAUGCAGGUCAGGACGUGGUAGAAAGCUUAGCGGUGAUCAGAUAACAUUGCCAACAGCGGUAGACUACUCAGCUGUUCCCAAACAGGUGGAGGAAUGGAGCUCCUGGGAUGAUGAAGCCCCCACAAGUGUAAAGAUUGAAGGUGGAAAUGGAACUUUAGCUACACAGAAUUCGUUGGAGCCACAGGAACCGGACUACUUUAGGGAUAUGACGCCAACCAUCCGGAAAACACAGAAAAUUGUGGUAAAGAAGAGAGAACCAACCAAUUACAGCAUCCCAGAUGGCAGCCUGGGCUACUCCAGCAGACUGGCAGCCUCCCAGGAUAUUUCCUUUGUUCAUCAGUCUGCGGAAUUGGGAGACUUGGAAACGUGGCAAGAAAACAGGAAUGCGUGGGAGGAGGAGGAAGAUGCCGCAUGGCAGGCCGAAGAGGUUUUAAGGGAGCAGAAACUUGCAGAGCGCGAGAAGAGGAGCGCAGAGCAACAACGGAAGAAAAUGGAGAAGGAGGUUCAACGGCAGAUGAAGAAAGAUCAUAGCAAAAUGGGUGUGAAGUUAUCGUAACACCCGACCAGAGAUUGAUUGGAGGGGCGUGACGCCGAUAGACAUUUCUACGCGUUCUCCAAUGUUUUCACGCUUACCUUGGGCCUGGAUGAUGAUAAACUUUUUGACGAUCCGGUGGCUGGGACAGGCACCGCGUCUACCUUUUUAAGACUUUUGACUCUACAGCAGAUCACAGCCGCCUCAGACUCUGCAUGAGACUUUUACAAUGAAAGGAACACAAUGGUGUAAAUAAUAAUUCCUUGGUGGAAAAUCUACUGCUCCCUAAUGCUAUGUGCAAAUAUGUAAUUACUGAAUAAAGAA